CGCGAGCGGUUGCCAUUGCCAUUGCUGUCCAUUGCUGACCAUUGCUGACCGUUGUUUGGUUCCACUGUGCCACUGCCACGGACUUACCGUUACCGUUAAGCGUUGUGUGUGCCCCGUGCCCCCUGUGCCCCGUGCCACUGCCGUUUGGCCAAUAUUUACCGCGAUCUUUUUGUUCAGUGAUAUUUGAUUUGUUGUUAAGUGCCACGCCUGUUGCCAGGAUCUUCUCCAGAAUGCCGACCCCUUCCGUGGCCUGCCUAUGCCUGGCUCUACUGUUCGUCGCGUGGCAUCCACAUCGUACCGUCGGCCGCAGCUACAGCAGCGGCCUGAUCUUCUACGAGCUGGCCACGCACACGCCCUAUCUGCCGCCCACGGUGAGCGUGUCGCGGGGUCGCAACCUGGCCAGUGUCAAGUACUCGUCGAAGGGCUCCAUCUGGUCCACAUUUGGACAGCCGUGCGAAUGCCGUGGCCCCGUCUGCGGAUGCUGUGCCGGCCUCAAGGUGGAUCAGUACAAAUUCGAUCAAAAAGUAUGCGCCAACGUCACGUUCGUGCCACAGCUGGAGGAGGCGCAGCUAGAGGUGUACCUCAAUGAGCGCCCCUCGUCCAAGUACGGGAUCUCGGUGCGGAAUCCGGCGCCGUUCUGCAUACCGGUCAUGAUGGGGGUGCCCAUGGCCAUGUGCGUCCAGAUGACGGACGUCGCGCUCGUAGGCAACAACCUCAACAUGUGCAUGGACUUUGUGGUGCGCCUGGCCACCACCGAUCUCUUCGAGAUGCACUUCCAGUGUAUGCGAAUGGGCCUCGACGGCCUCCAGUACGUGGACAAGAAUGGUAAGCCCGUUCUGCCUCCCGCCGAAUCAUCAAAGGGCGACGAUGAGGAUGACGAUGAUGAUGAUGGUGAUGAUGAGGAGCAAAUGGAACCGGGAACGGGUUCUGGUGCGGAGUAUGACUAUAACGAACCGGAAUUGCCAGAGGAGAAGGAGAAGCAGCAGCCGCAGCAGCAGCAGCCCCAGGAGGUGGCAGAGGAGGAGGAGCAGCCUGAACCGUUGCCGAUUGAAAGUGAAAUGCUAAUGGCCAGCGAUCAAGACCUGGCCAACAAAGAAGACCAAGUGGAGACCGUCAACGAAGAGGAGGAGGAGUUGGAGGAGCCGGCAAAGGUAGAGGCAGAGGCAGAUACAGAGGCGGAGGCGGAGACACCUGCCAAUGCUGGCGAGAGUGGCCUGAAGCCAAACGAAGUAAUUGAAACAAUUACCAAUUCAAUAAGAGCCACUGAAGCGCCUCCAACAGCCGCAACGACGACAACGACAUCGACUACGACCACGACAACUAGGCAGCCGAUCAUUGUUGUUAGUGAAGACACAUACCACGAGCAGAUCGAUGGUGCGGAGGAGACCGAGAAGGAGGAGGCGAAGGUGGAAGAGUUGAAGAUGUCAGCUGAAGAGGGGACGGAGCCAGCGGCAGAGGCAGAAGCACCCAUAGUGGCAGAAGAAAUCGAAAACGAAAACAUUAGCGACAACGAGAUAAAUGUGGAUGAUGACGAUAGAAAUGGCGAUGACGCUGGGAAAGAUGCCAAGGUGAAGGAACCCCCAGCAAAAGUGCAGCCGGAGAAAGAGCAGGAGAUAGAGACGGGCACGGAGACGGAAACAGAGACAGGCACUGAGUUAUAUGAUAUGCCAGUGCCAGUGGCAGAGGUAGAGUUCAACGAUGACACAGCUGCCGAGGAGGCCAAUAAAGCGGAAGAAGCGGACGUAGAUGAUGCUGAAGAGGCAGCGGAUGGCGAGAGUGAAGAUGGGGCUGAGGUGGAGGAAGAUAACGCUAAUGGUGAUGCGGAGGAGGAGGAGGAGGAGGAGAACGAGGAAGAUGAGGAGGACGAGGACGACGAAGAAGAGGAGGUUCAAACAGAGGUCACAAGCCUUGCAAGUAACUCCCAAAAUAGCAUUGAAAGCGCUGCAGUGCAUCAAGCAGUGGAUGAGCAAGCAAAUGCAAGCAGUGCCAUACAGACAGCGACAACGACGACAGCAGCAGCUGCCGCCAAGUCGUUAUCCAGGCGCCUGCAUCGACUGCAUCGGCAGCGUCGCCGCAACGGCAGAGGCAGCGGCAGCGGCAGCGGCAGAGGCAACGGUAACCCCACCGUCAAUGCCUGAUAGCAAGCCAAGCAGUCUCUCCUGUGCUCUUAAUUUACUCGUAAUUUGUAAUUUGUAAUUGUUAAUGAGUUGUUAAUGCUAAACGAACGUUGAUGCUUG